UGGGCUUCAUCUACUGUCAACUGACGACCAGCGGAUUCCUUUACCAAAUGAUUUAUGGAGCGGACGGAGAGAAGCAGAGAGGUGGGGAUGAGUCACAAGGCGAUCGGGAUUGGGAAACCCUGGGUGUUCAGUUUUGUAGUUGGAUUGACAUUCUUGUGUAACAGAUUCAUAGAGGUUGACGCUUCAAUCCACGAGUAUCGAAAUGACUUUUUCAUCCCCAAGUCAAAUGCUUUCUUCUUCCAUGGCGGCAGCGAGGCUCUUUUCGCUUCUAAGGUAUUCGCUUCUUCUUCCCCCAAUUCCACUGACAAAUCCCUCAAAGGCAAGUCCUUCAUCAGGUUUGAAACUGUUACUUUCGUGAGGACGAAAGAAUCAGCUAGUCAGACGAAUGAAAUGCAGCAAUUUACCGGAUUGGUGGAGGCCAUCAUUUUCGAGGUCAAAGAUAGGGAGCGAAUUGGAGGCUCUUUCCUAAAGUCAGAUAUGAUCUGCUGCACACGCAGUCUUCACGAUGCUGGACAUUGCAAGUCGGGUGAGGUUAUUAUCAAUGAAAACCACGACAACCCCGGCUGGCCUAAGCGCAUCAAGACGUUCUUUGUUGGGAAAGAUGAAACUGCUGUCAUUCCACCUCAAACUAUUGAAAUCAAUAGUACUGGUAUGUACUACCUGUAUUUUAUGUUUUGUGACCCACAACUCAAAGGCACAAUAAUCGAGGGAAGAACAGUGUGGAGGAAUCCGGAUGGCUAUUUACCAGGGAAGAUGGCUCCUCUAAUGAAAUUUUAUGAACUCAUGUCUUUAGCAUAUCUUUUGCUCGGCUUAAUCUGGUUUCUAUGGUUUGUUAAGUAUUGGAAGGAUGUUAUACAGUUGCAUUACCACAUUACAACGGUUAUUGCUCUUGGAAUGUGUGAAAUGGCUAUAUGGUACUUUGAAUAUGCUAACUUUAAUUCAACUGGAAGCAGACCAAUGGGAAUUACUAUAUGGGCGGCGACCUUUACAUCUGUGAAGAAGACGUUGUCUCGCCUUCUUCUGUUGGUUGUUUCAAUGGGCUAUGGAGUGGUGAGGCCAACCCUCGGUGCUAUCACUUCAAAACUGCUCUUUCUUGGUGUUGUGUAUUUUAUUGCAUCAGAGGCACUUGAGCUUGUGGAACAUCUAAGUAACAUCAAUGAUUUCUAUGGAAAAGCAAGGCUUUUUCUGGUUCUACCUGUUGCUUUCCUGGAUUCAUGCUUUAUUAUCUGGAUCUUCUCAUCUUUGUCACGAACAUUAGAAAAACUUCAGAUAAGGAGAAAUAUGGCUAAGCUGGAGUUAUAUAGAAACUUUACCAAUUCUCUUGUUGUAUCUGUUCUCCUUUCUAUAUCUUGGAUUGGCUUCGAGCUAUAUUUUAAUGCAUCUGAUCCGUUAAGUGAGCUAUGGAGAAUUGCUUGGAUCAUUCCAGCCUUUUGGACUUUCCUGUCAUUUUGUCUCCUUGGUGUGAUCUGCUUACUCUGGGCUCCAUCAAGUAACCCUACGAGGUACGCAUAUUCAGAGGAGACAGGCGAAGACUUGGAAGAAGAAGGUAUUUGUUUGACCAGUGGAGGAGAUAUGACUUCCAAAAUGGAAAGGAAGGAAAGGAAGGGACUAAUAAUUACGGGUGAUACUGAGGAGGACAAACGUGAAUAAGUUUGAUUUUUGUUUUUACUUUGUCUGGCCUUCGCCUUUAUGAAGUUUAAUGCAACCCCAAGCCCCCCAAGCCCCGUUGUUGUAUGUAUUUCAUUAGUACGGCCUUGGUAAGUUUACUCGCAAAAUCUUACUACACAAUCCCCGUAUCUAUUUGCAUGGCCCAAAGCAUGAGAGCUUGAAUCGUGAAGAUUAUUAUCCUUGUGCUUGCCAUCACUGGGAUUGCGGGAUAUGCAGUUUACAAGUACAGAAUCCGGGUACUGUUAUUCGAUUGCAUCUUGCAUGUUGAUAUGUUACUGUUGAGAAUUGAAUGAGGUGCAUAAACACCAAAUGGUAUUACAAUCUACUGAUGCUAGAAAAGUCCAUAGUAAAGCUGUGUAAACUGCAAGAAUGAAUGUGUAAUUAUGAGUGCUUGCUUAAGCCUUCGUAUCUGUUUUCAGCUUGAUAUGACCGAUAAAUUUCUAUUUUUACGGUACAAUUUCACUUCA